AUGAGUGAAUAUCAUGAGAAGGUCCACUCUCAGGGGCUGCAGCUGCAACAACUUCAGACUGAACUUGACAGACUCCACACGGAUGUGUCUAGCAUCCGAGCCACCAACAGAGGGGCUUCCAUUGACCUAGACAAGACAUCGCAGGACUAUGAGGACAGGGACACAGCUUAUUUUUGGAAUCGGUUCAGCUUCUGGAAUUAUGCCAAGCCCCCCACAGUCAUCCUGGAGCCCGAUGUUUUCCCUGGGAACUGCUGGGCCUUCCAGGGUGCUAAGGGCCAGGUGGUCAUCCGGCUGCCUGGCCAAGUUCAGCUAAGUGACAUCACCCUGCAGCACCCACUCUCAAGCGUGGCCUACACUGGAGGUGCUAGCAGUGCUCCCCAGGAUUUUGCUGUCUAUGGCCUCCAGGGAGAUGACAAGACUGAAAUUCUCUUGGGAAAAUUCACCUUUGAGAUGGAAAAAUCAGAGAUUCAGACAUUCCAUCUGAAGAAUGAGCCUCCCAUGGCCUUCCCAAAGGUAAAGAUAGAAAUACUCAGCAACUGGGGACACCCAUGUUUCACCUGCUUAUACCAUGUGUGGGCCCAUGGGUUUCUGAGCCAUGAUAUCCAGGGAGAAGAUAGCAGGACUAAGGGUGAGAGAAAGGAGCAGCCUGCUACUACUCUUCAUUAA